AUGUCACAACGAAAAGCAGCUGCAACGUUUAACAUACCAAGGCGUACAUUACGAAAUCAUAUUAAAUCUGGAUCUACAAAAAAGAUAAUUGGUCGCACUCCAGUUCUUAAUAAAACACAAGAAAAAGAUUUGUGUAAAAGGGUGAUUAGACUUGCUCAGGUCGGUCUGCCUUUGACUUCCAAAAUAGUUCGUAAACAAGCUUAUGAAUUUUGUAAGGCAAAUAGUAUACCAAAUUCUUUUAAUGAUAAUAAAAAUAUAGCUGGAAAAAAAUGGUUGAAAAUUUUUGUCAAACGAAAUCCAGAAAUUUUACUUCGCAGGGCUCAACUAAUGAAUCCGGCAAGAGCACAGAAACUUAAUAAGUAUAUUGUGCAACAACAUUUUAAUGCCAUUAAAACCAUUUAUGAAAAUCUGAAUAUUUGUAAUCAUCCGGCGCGUCUUUAUAAUAUGGACGAAAAGGGGUGCAGAUCAACAAUCCACCACCAACGCAAAGUAUUUGCUGCCAAAGGGACCAAACGGGUGCAUUUCGUUGCCCAAAAACACGCAGAAAAUUUAACAAUUGCUAUGUGCGUGAAUGCUACAGGAAAUAGUGUAUCACCAAUGGUUAUUUUUAAUGGCAAAAGAUUGCGACCAGAGUUUUGCGAUAAUAUGCCUCCCGGAACUUUAGUAAAGAUGGGCACGAAGGGAAGCAUGACGACCGAACUAUUUGUUGAAUUUAUUAACCACCUGGGACAAUUUAAAUCUCAGGGAAAAUGUUUGUUAAUUUUUGACGGGGCCUCUUCCCAUUUGGAUGCUCGAAUCGUAGAUGCUGCUGAUGCUCAUGACAUUGUGCUUUAUUGUUUACCAUCCAGUACUACACAUGAACUACAACCCCUUGAUAAAUCAGUUAAUAAAUCUUACGAACAUUUCUGGGACGAAGAAGUUUUACUGUAUGCAUAUCAGCAUCUAUGUAGAAAACUUACGAAAACGCGUUUUAGCAAAAUAUUUACGAAGGUUUGGUCCAAGUGUACAACCAAAGAAAAUAUAAUUAAUGGGUUCCGUGCGACCGGGCUUUUUCCGUAUGAUCCAAAUGCAAUUCCUGAGGAAGCGUAUGCGCCUUCAGCGCUAACGCAAUUGACCAAUCCAUGUGAUAUAGAACAAAAUGUUUCAAGUAUAAAUGAUUCCACAUCUGAUAUUAUGUCAGCAUCACAGACUUCUAUUAUUCGAAGUUCUCUUUUAUCACCAAGACAUGAUAAUAUGUCUGAUACAGAUGUCACUGAUUGUGAAGAAAAUCUUAAAAAUUUAUCGAUUCUAACUGAAAAUGCUGCUAAUGAAUGGACAGAUAUUCUUCACCUGUUCCAACUACUUCCGGAACUAGUAGUAAUACAGCCUCGUCCGAGGUUGAAUUCUAUUACAUCUGAUAGUUCUGAAGAAGAAGGUAUUACUACUUUUUUAAAGAAUUUUCAAUAUCCCUCAAAACUCAUUGAUAAUUACACUUCAUCUUCCGAUUCAAACGAAGAAAAUUUAAACCCAAACUUCACAGAACUUUUACCAAUCUCUGAGCAAAUGCAAAUUCAAUCUGAGGAUUCGGAAGAUAAUUUACCGCUAUUAAAAUUAAAGAACGUUCCUGAACCUUUAGCCUCUAAAUCACAGUUCCAUAAGCAAAUUCCAACACCAAAUUUUGGAAAAAUCAAAGAUAAACCUAGACGAAAGGCGCUUAAUUAUAUAGGUCAAAAAAUUACUAAAGAUUUGUUUGAUAUUGCUAAAGAGAAGACAAAGAAAAACACUAAAAAACAACUUAGGAAUAAACAAAAAAAAAAGAUGGAGGACGACUGA